CAAGGGCAGCUCAGUGCGGGCGCGGAGCAGAGCGGAGUAGUUAGGACCAUGGCGACGCUCGUAAGGAAAAUCAUCAGCACCACUACGGCACCCGCUGCCAUGGGUCCCUACAGUCAAGCAGUGCUGGUAGACCGGACCAUGUAUGUCGCAGGUCAGCUAGGCAUGGAUCCUAGUAAUGGGCAGCUUGUACCUGGAGGGGCGAAAGCGGAAGCUAAGCAGGCUCUAAAAAACAUUGGGGAAAUUCUGAAAGCUGCAGGCUGUGACUAUGGCAAUGUUGUAAAGACUACUAUCCUGAUGGCUGACAUGAAGGACUUCAGUGAUAUUAAUGAAAUCUACAAGCAAUUUUUCAGGUGCAACCUCCCAGCCAGAGCAGCCUAUCAGGUUGUUGCUUUGCCAAAAGAUGCACGAGUGGAGAUCGAAGCUGUUGCUGUCCAGGGGCCCCUCCAAGAUGCAUCAGCAUGACUAUAAAUACAAUAUUCUAACACUCCAGUAAUGGUGUAUGGUUUAACACUUUCUUUUAGGCCCUGAUCCUGCAAUUGGCUGCAGGCAUGUACAUCCCACUGAGCUACAUGGCAGUGUGGGGAUGUAACCACAUAGCCAGCUGCAGGAUUGAAAUCUUGUAUUCUCUGAAACCUCAAAUUUAUAAUGUCUUGGCAUGUAGGCUGCCAGCCCAUGGGGCUGCUGAAAUUAGCAGGCUAUGGUGGCUUCAGGGUAUGCCUGAAUUAAUUGCAGGACUGGGCUCUUAGUUUGUAGUGGUGACUGGGUAUCAUUACAGUUCCCAAAUGUUGAUUUGGGUGAGAAUCUUAUAUUUACCAAACUUGAUAUGCCAGCUGACAAUUUUCAGGUUACCACCAUACUAUUCGUUCUCCAGGAUACUAAAGCUUAGCGUGUUAGCAUGAUUUGUAAUAGACUUGACUGACUUUAAGUCAUUCUUAUGGAGGGAACAAAUUAAAAAAAAAAAAUCCCUUUCUAGAGGGGAAAAAUAUGGUAUAGCCUUAGAGUGAAAAUGUUUGUAUUUGAGGAUUCACUGUAUUGGCUUUUAAACAUUUUUAGACUACUUUAAAUAUAUUGAUUUAGAUUCUGAUAUAUUGUAUUGCAUCUGAUUUAACCUGAAAGUGAUUAUUUAAACUACUAAUUUUGGUGGGAAGAAUAUCUUGUUAACCAAUUUUCUGUGAAUAUGUAACUCUUGUAAAGCAAUUGAGAAUUAAUGUUCUCUUUUCAAGCUUUUUUUCCCUAGUGUCAAGUAUCUAAAGCCUAGAAACACAAUUUUGAAUUAUUGAAUCUUUUUAAUUUAAAAUAUCUGGACAUUCUAACUUUAGUAAAAUAAAUGGAACUAAAUAAAAUAUGCUAGUAUUUUGGGGAACAAA